AUGCCUGCCGUCUGCCGCGCCAGCAUCCUCGCUGCGCUCCGCUCCGUCAAGCUCGCGGGCGCCGCCGUCGGGAUCGUAAUCACCGCUUCCCACAACCCCGUCGGCGGCAACGGCGUCAAGAUCGCCGACCCCGACGGUGGCAUGAUGGCCCAGCACUCAGAGCCCCUCGCCGACGCCCUCGCAGCCCGUAAGUCGGCACCCACAACUGGAGGAGUGAAGAAGCCUCACCGUUACCGCCCAGGAACUGUUGCUCUUCGUGAGAUCCGCAAGUAUCAGAAGAGCACUGAGUUGCUGAUUAGGAAGCUGCCAUUCCAGAGGCUUGUCAGGGAGAUUGCUCAGGACUUCAAGACGGAUCUGCGCUUCCAGAGCCACGCGGUGCUUGCUCUGCAGGAGGCAGCUGAGGCCUACCUGGUUGGUCUCUUCGAAGACACUAAUCUGUGCGCCAUCCACGCGAAGCGCGUGACCAUCAUGCCCAAGGACAUUCAGCUGGCAAGGAGGAUCCGCGGCGAGAGGGCAUCCAGGUCCUGGGGCUCCGGGCCGUGGACCACUACUCCGCCUCCGCCUCUGUCUCCCUGCCUCUCCCAGGCAGAUGAAGCCUCGGCACGAGCGCAGCAGCAGCAAGGGCAGGCCGGUGGCGACGCUGACGGCAGCGUGACGGAGCAGGAGGUGGUGGUGGUGCUGGCGCAGCCGCAGGAGGGCGUCCGGCCGACGACGGCGGCGGAGAUGGAGAUGGAGGAGUCGCCGCGGGUGAGCGACGGCGGCGCCGCGAAUAAGGAGCGUGUGAUGCGGCUCCUGGAGCGGGAGGCGGCGUCGGCCAAGCAGCGGGAGAUGAAGAUGCUGGAGUCGCUGAUCCAGCAGACCAAGGAGCUGGAGCAGGACAAGAUCGCGCUCGAGGAGGCCAGGCUCGAGAUCACCGCCCUACGGCAGCAGCAGCAGCAGGGCGGCGCCACCGCCGAGCCGGCCGCGCCGCAGGCGCAGACACAGCAGUGGAGCGUCAUGGACCUCAUGUUCGGCAGCGUGGACGAGGAGAUCAACGGUCUUCGGUCCAGGCUCCGCGCGUCCGCGCAGGCCGAGGAGCGGAGCCGGAAGGCGGCGGACGAGCUCACCGCGGCGCUGUCCGCGGUCACCAUGGAGGCGAAGCAGGUCAAGGCGUGGCUCUCCGACGCGCAGGCCGAGCUGGAGGCGGCCCACGCCGAGCGCGACCGGCUCCGGGGCCUGCUCCAGGGCGCCGAGGCGGAGCUGUGGUGCGCCACGGAGCGCGUCGACGCGCUCACCGCCGACUGGAAGGACGCCGCGGCCGGGUGGCGUGCCAGGGAGAAGGCGCUGCUGGCGCGCGCGCGUGGCGCCGAGGAGGAGGCCGCCGUUUCGCGGAGGGAGAGCGCCGCCGAGAUCGACGCGCUCGGCGACGACAACGCCGCGCUGCGCCGCGCGCUGGAGCAGGCGGUCGAGGAGGCUAACGUGGCCGCCGAGGCGCUCGAGGCCGCGGGAGCCGACAACGCCGGCCUGCAGGAGGCCGUCGCGGAGAAAGAGCGCGCCCUGGAGGCACUGCGGCUGGAGAACGAGGGACUCAGGGCCAGCGAGGCCGCCGCCAGGGAGUGCGCCGAUGAGCUCCAGGGCCAGCUCGCGGCGGCAAGGAAAGAGCGGGAGAUCCCGCUGGUGGAGAAGUGGAGGCGUGAAGACGCGCAGGGUAAGCUGAGCGCGGCGUUCCUGGACUCUGGGAGGCUGGUCCCCGGCGGCCGGAAGGACCGGAUGUUCGCGUCGCUGAGCAACCUCGCGGAGCUCAAGUCGGCGGCGGCGGCCGCGGCGGCCAUGGACGACUACGGCUACGAGUUUGACCACCUGGACGUGGCGGGCCAGUACGGCGACGACGCCACGGAGCACGGCAUGAAGCAGCACAAGAUCAAGCAGAGGCGGUCGAUCCUGCGCAAGUUCGGGGAUCUCUUCAGGAGGAGGAGCCUCUACAAGCCCAACCUCGCGCCGGUGCUCCAUAACCACUACUAG